GUUAACGCACACACAUAAACGCACAUUGGUCCACCACAUAUUUCAGACAAAAGCCGAACAACGAUGUGUACUGUAACGUAUUGUUGUGAAGCUCCCGUAGGCCACCAUUUGAUACGGAUUCGGUAAUAAAUCCUACAUUAAUAGUACGGUAUGCGGCGCAGUCGUUCGUACGCGAUAGCAUUGUUUACUCAGCACGCGUUCGCAGGACGAAAGGAAAUCGAGGAGCGGAUGCACGGAAAAUAAAUUGUCAUAUCGAAACGGUUUCGUCGCUCAUCACAACGCGUCGUCGCACCAAUAUUCCCGACGAAUCUUCCAUCAAUCACUUACAGAACAUGCUGAAAAUACACAAGGGUUUGAAAAAAAAGAAGAAAAAUAAGAAAAACAAACAUAAAGAAGAAGAACUUUUCAACGAAGAAGAACUUGAGAGAUACCGCCGAGAACAUCAAGAGGGAAAAGAAGCUGAAGGCGAAAAAGACGGCCAAGAAGAGUGGCAGAAGUUCAAAGCAAUCACUGCUGGAAUUGAUGACGUGUUAAAAAAAACACAAGGUGACCUCGACCGUAUUAAAACAAACAGUUUUUUCCAGAGAAAACCCACUCAGACAGAACUUAAAGCAGCUGAAGAAAAGUUAGAAGCGGAAAAACGGGCAAAAUUAGAAGAAGAAUUGCGAAUAAAGGCCGAAUUCGAAGCGCUUGAUUCUGCUAAAGUACAAGAAGAAGCAGCGGCCUGCGCACCUGUUGAUGAAGAAUCAUCAGAAGAAGAAUCGGUUAAUGGUGAUGACAUAUUUGAUACGUCAUACGUUGAUGUAAUCACAAGUGGCGAGGUAAAACUAGCAUACAUUCCAGAAAGCCCAACCGAAGAAAACACAGAAUUCGAUCCUUUUGAUACUUCUAUAGUAGACAAGGUUAUCCAACCAAAUCCAUCGAAAAAAAAUAAAAGAUACAUAAGUCUUGGGUGUGCGGUUGAAGUUCUCUCGGGUAAAGAAGUUGAUAUCAAUCCCGAGGUCUUCAGGUCUACGGCUGUGCGAAAAAGACCAAAACCUGUAAAUUUAUUGUUGGAAAGUUAUGACGAAAAUACUGCUGGUGUACAACUUGUAGAUGAUAAACCUGUGAAAACUUUACUUGAUGACGAUCCUGAUCUGUCAACUGACGCAUUACCAUUAACUAUUGUUACGCCGAUUGAGAUCAAACCACAACCAAUCAAAGAAGAUAUAAAAACUCCCCAACAAGAUAUCAGUCAAAUUAUAAACGAAUUUGAUUCACCACUUAUCUUAUCGGAAACCGUAAAUACACAGCUACAGUUAGACGACGAUAUAGAUGAUGAAUUCGCUGCGUUAGCUGCAGAGUCUUUGUCGAAAUCUCCUCUACCCGAGGACGUCGAUCCUUUUGAUACAUCUUUUGCGGACCACCUUGUACCCGCAGUAAAUAAUAUAAAUAUUAAAACAGAACAAGCCAAGACAUAUAUUGACGAAAAGACAGCGGAAAAAGAAUUUUUUGAAAGUGUCAGACCACUAAGUUUAGAACAUAGAGAUUUACUGGGUGGCAGUACAACCGAUUUGUCGGUAAUUGGUCAUCAUCCGAUUGCACCUCGUAAUCCGGCAGACGAAACAGUACAAAUUGAUCCUUUUGAUACGUCAAUUGCCGAAAGCUUAUUGCCCGGUAAAAGCGAGUUGAAAUUACUCGAAAAAGAACUUUUAGAAGACUCCAAAGUACCUAUUAAGAAAAUAAUAAUAGAAGAAGACGACGAUUUCAAUCCCAGAGCUGAAGAAAUCGCUCGGCCGGCUGAACUAAAUUUAAAAGAAAAGAGAGUUAGUAUACCAAAAGUUACAUUUGCUUUAGAAAAAGAUUUGUUGACGAACGAUCAUCACGGUGAAUUGCAUGUAGCUAAACCGUUAACUCCGUAUUAUCCACAAGAACAACUAAACGAAGACAAUUUAAAUACCGAUCCAUUCGAUACAUCACACGUGAAACACGAACCCGGAGAAGUAGAAUUGAAAUUGUUAGAGAGUGAACUAGUGAAAAGCGAACCCAAGUGUACGGAUAUAUUAACCGAAGAAGAAUUUAUUCCUCACGUACUGCACACACCCGUUGAGCCAGAAAUAGCUGUCCCAGAAGAAAUCGAUCCUUUUGAUACGUCAUUUGCUAACGACGCUGUACCCAGCCAAACAGAAAUAAAAUUAUUGGAGUCUGAAUUUAUACAUAAAUAAAGAUGGCUAAUCCAUUUUUAA